GCCCGCCGCCUGCAACUCAGCCCUCCAAAAGUCAGCUCUGCACACAACUCCCGGGCGGCGGCGGCGCCUGCGUGCAAGGCGCACUCGUGACCCAACAACAAAACAGCGAUGCCAGGGCGCUAACGGCGCCCGGUGCCUCCCGGGCGCCCUCCCCGCCCUACACCUCCUCGGGCAGCCGCCCCCGCCCCCCCGAUCCUGGGCCGAGUGCCCCCUCCACUAGCCCGGCCGCAGGCUCAGAGCGCGAUCGGCAACAAUGUUUACGUUCCGGGGAUUAUGACGUCGACGCCUCCCCCCCACAACUGCUGAAAAUGGUUUCCUAGGACUUUGCAAACGGAUCUGCUUAAGUGUUGGUGCAAAACUUUGUAGAUCUCGGCUCUAGCUUGCUUUAUUUAUUUAUUUUUUGGUUUGUUUUCUUUGGUCUUCCCUCCUUCCCCCCUCCGCCAAAAUGCAGGGGGCAGGAGUGUUGACAAUUAAUUGGUGAACUCUCCUAAAAAAAUGGAGGCAGAGAAAGACUCUGGAAGAAGAUUGCGCCCGAUUGACCGCCAGAGAUACGACGAGAACGAGGACUUGUCGGACGUGGAGGAGAUCGUCAGCGUCCGCGGCUUCAGCCUGGAGGAGAAGCUGCGCAGUCAGCUGUACCAGGGGGACUUCGUGCACGCCAUGGAGGGCAAAGAUUUCAACUAUGAGUACGUGCAGAGAGAAGCUCUCAGGGUUCCCCUGAUAUUUCGAGAAAAGGAUGGACUGGGGAUUAAGAUGCCUGACCCCGAUUUCACAGUCCGAGAUGUCAAACUCCUAGUGGGUGGCCGUCGGCUGGUGGAUGUGAUGGAUGUGAACACGCAGAAGGGUGCGGAGAUGAGCAUGUCCCAGUUUGUGCGGUACUAUGAGACGCCCGAAGCUCAGCGGGACAAGCUGUACAACGUCAUCAGCCUUGAGUUCAGCCACACCAAACUGGAGCACCUGGUCAAGCGUCCGACCGUGGUAGACCUGGUGGACUGGGUGGACAACAUGUGGCCCCAGCAUCUGAAGGAGAAGCAGACAGAAGCCACGAACGCCAUUGCAGAGAUGAAAUACCCGAAAGUGAAGAAGUACUGUCUGAUGAGCGUCAAAGGUUGUUUCACUGACUUCCACAUCGACUUUGGAGGCACUUCGGUUUGGUACCAUGUUUUCCGGGGUGGGAAGAUCUUUUGGCUGAUUCCUCCAACCCUACACAAUUUGGCACUGUACGAGGAGUGGGUGCUGUCAGGAAAACAGAGUGACAUCUUCCUGGGAGACCGCGUGGAGCGAUGCCAGAGAAUUGAGCUGAAACAGGGCUACACGUUUUUCAUCCCUUCCGGUUGGAUCCACGCAGUCUACACCCCUGUAGACUCUCUGGUAUUCGGCGGAAACAUCCUGCACAGCUUUAACGUGCCCAUGCAGCUGCGCAUCUAUGAGAUCGAGGACAGAACACGGGUGCAGCCCAAAUUCCGCUACCCCUUCUACUAUGAGAUGUGCUGGUAUGUCUUGGAGAGAUACGUCUACUGUGUGACCCGGCGGUCCUACCUCACUCAGGAAUACCAGAGAGAAUCCAUGCUGAUUGAUGCCCCACGAAAGCCCAGCAUAGACGGCUUCUCAUCCGAUUCCUGGCUGGAGAUGGAGGAGGAGUCCUGUGAGCAGCAGCCUCAGGAGGAGGAGAAGGAGGAGGAAGAAGAAGAGGAGGAGGAGGAGGGUACAGAUAAGUUGCCCAAGCCACCCGCCGAUGGCCCUGCCUCGCCCACCAGCACCCCCUCAGAGGACCAGGAAGCCCCUGGGAAGAAGCCCAGAGCGCCUGCCAUGCGGUUCCUCCAAAGGACUUUGUCUAACGAGUCGGAGGAGAGCGUGAAGUCCACGACGGUGCCCACAGACUACCCCAAGACGCCCACUGGCUCCCCUGCCACGGGGGUCUCGGCCAAGUGGACCCACCUCACCGAGUUUGAGCUGAAGGGCCUGAAAGCACUGGUGGAGAAACUGGAAUCUCUCCCAGAGAACAAGAAGUGUGUCCCCGAGGGCAUCGAGGACCCCCAGGCACUGCUGGAGGGUGUGAAGAAUGUCCUGAAGGAGCAUGCAGAUGACGACCCCAGUCUGGCCAUCACUGGGGUCCCUGUAGUCACUUGGCCAAAGAAGACUCCAAAGAACCGGGCGGUAGGUCGGCCCAAGGGGAAGCUGGGCCCGGCCUCCGCCGUGAAGUUGGCCGCCAACCGGACAACGGCGGGAGCUCGCCGGCGCCGGACGCGAUGCCGCAAGUGCGAGGCCUGCCUGCGGACCGAGUGCGGAGAGUGUCACUUCUGCAAGGACAUGAAGAAGUUCGGGGGCCCUGGGCGGAUGAAGCAGAGCUGUAUCAUGCGGCAGUGCAUCGCGCCAGUGCUGCCCCACACCGCCGUGUGCCUGGUGUGUGGCGAGGCAGGGAAAGAAGACACAGUGGAAGAGGAAGAAGGAAAGUUUAACCUCAUGCUCAUGGAGUGCUCUAUCUGCAAUGAAAUCAUCCACCCUGGAUGCCUUAAGAUUAAGGAGUCAGAGGGCGUGGUCAACGAUGAGCUUCCAAACUGCUGGGAGUGUCCAAAGUGUAACCACGCCGGCAAGACCGGGAAAGCCUACAAGCAAAAGCGUGGCCCUGGCUUUAAGUAUGCCUCCAACCUGCCCGGCUCCCUGCUCAAGGAGCAGAAGAUGAACCGGGACAACAAGGAAGGGCAGGAGCCUGCCAAGCGGAGGAGUGAGUGUGAGGAGGCACCUCGGCGCAGGUCCGACGAGCACCCCAAGAAGGUGCCCCCGGAUGGCAUCCUGCGCCGAAAGUCAGACGACGUGCACUUGAGGAGGAAGCGGAAAUACGAGAAGCCCCAAGAGCUGAGUGGACGCAAGCGAGCCUCGACGCUUCAAACGUCCCCCGGUUCCUCCUCUCACCUCUCGCCGAGGCCCCCUCUAGGCAGCAGCCUCAGCCCCUGGUGGAGAUCCAGUCUCACUUACUUCCAGCAGCAGCUAAAGCCUGGCAAAGAAGAUAAGCUUUUCAGGAAAAAGCGGCGGUCCUGGAAGAACGCCGAGGACCGGAUGGCUCUUGCCAACAAGCCUCUCCGGCGCUUCAAGCAGGAGCCGGAGGAUGACCUGCCCGAGGCCCCCCCCAAAGCCCGGGAAAGCGACCACUCCCGCUCCAGCUCCCCUACGGCUGGGCCCAGCACAGAGGGGGCGGAGGGCCCCGAGGAGAAGAAGAAGGUGAAGAUGCGCCGGAAAAGGCGGCUUCCCACCAAGGAGCUGAGCAAGGAGCUGAGCAAGGAGCUGAACCAAGAGAUCCAGAAAACUGAGAACAGCCUGGCCAACGAGAACCACCAGCCCAUCAAGUCAGAGCCUGAGAGUGAGAGCGAGGAGCCCAAGCGCCCCCUGGGCCUCUGCGAGCGCCCCCACCGCUUCAGCAAGGGGCUCACCGGCACCCCCCGGGAGUUGCGGCACCAGCUGGGGCCCGGCCUUCGAAGCCCACCCCGUGUCAUCUCCCGGCCCCCUCCCUCCGUGUCCCCGCCCAAGUGCAUCCAGAUGGAGCGACACGUGAUCCGCCCGCCCCCCAUCAGCCCCCCGCCUGACUCACUGCCCCUGGAUGAUGGGGCGGCCCAUGUCAUGCACAGGGAGGUGUGGAUGGCCGUCUUCAGCUACCUCAGCCACCAAGACUUGUGUGUCUGCAUGCGGGUCUGCAGGACCUGGAACCGCUGGUGCUGCGAUAAGCGGUUAUGGACCCGCAUCGAUCUGAACCACUGCAAGUCCAUCACUCCCCUGAUGCUGAGCGGCAUCAUCCGGCGGCAGCCUGUCUCCCUGGACCUCAGCUGGACCAAUAUCUCCAAGAAACAGCUGAGCUGGCUCAUCAACCGGUUGCCUGGGCUCCGAGACUUGGUGCUGUCAGGCUGCUCGUGGAUCGCCGUCUCAGCUCUCUGUAGCUCCAGCUGUCCGUUGCUCCGGACCCUGGAUGUCCAGUGGGUAGAAGGACUAAAGGACGCCCAGAUGCGAGAUCUCCUGUCCCCGCCCACAGAUAACAGGCCAGGUCAGAUGGACAAUCGGAGCAAGCUCCGGAACAUUGUGGAACUGCGUCUAGCAGGCCUGGACAUCACAGACGCCUCCCUGCGGCUCAUCAUACGCCACAUGCCCCUGCUGUCCAAGCUCCACCUUAGUUACUGUAAUCACGUUACUGACCAGUCCAUCAACCUGCUCACUGCUGUGGGCACCACCACCCGAGACUCCUUAACUGAAAUCAACCUAUCAGACUGCAAUAAGGUUACUGACCAGUGCCUGUCCUUCUUCAAACGCUGUGGAAAUAUCUGUCAUAUUGACCUGAGGUACUGCAAGCAGGUUACCAAGGAAGGCUGUGAGCAGUUCAUAGCUGAAAUGUCUGUGAGUGUCCAGUUUGGGCAAGUGGAAGAAAAACUCCUACAAAAACUGAGUUAGUCUGAGGACAAACCCCAGAACGAUUCCAUUUGCAAGUCUCGCCGAGGGAGAAGCCGCUCCAGCACCUGUUCUGGGGAUGAGUGAACCGGACACUCUCCUUUGGUCUGUCUGAACGAUAGCUGCACUGCUUUCUGGACCAUUUCUAAGGCGGCCUUUACCAAGAAGACAUUCCCGCUGGAGAGGAGGAUGGACUCUGGAGAAAUUCUCCUGCUGAAGCACGAGCUUAGUAGUUUUUGCUGGUGGUGGUGUUUUGUCUUGGACGCCUCAGUCCUUGCAGCUCCGGGGCUGGUGUCAACGUAAAGUGGACCACACACCACAUCUGCCGUCUUGACAUUUUGUUUGUUUGGUUUUGUUACAUCUUACAUUAUGCAGAACUAUUUUUGUACAAAUUGUUUAAAAGUUAUUUAUGCAAGGUUUGAAUGCAUACCUGUGUUUUUAUUGUUUUGAGAUUGCCAACUUUCCUGGUUUCCCUAAGGGAGGAGAGAACUUAACCUGUACUUCAUCGACACACGUGCCCGGAUCUGGCAGAGCAGGCCCAGACCUUCUCGUUAAAAGCAUGUUUAACUGGAAGUUGAGAGCCCGCUUUGGACGUCAAGAAUUACCUAAGCAUGUGGAUCUAUGUUAAUUCUAGUCGAAGUAAGACACUUUGCCAAGUUUCCUCUGUACAGAACUCACCUGUUUCUCAAAAUUUUAAAAUUCAGACUUCAGCCUUUGCACUCAGGAGGGUUUUGCAGCCAGCGCAUGAGCUGUUGUACCUACACAAAUUAAUUUAUACAGUGAGUCAAGUAGAAUAAAUGAUCCAACAUAGCCGUUCUUUUCCUUUUUUCUCUCCUUUGAAGUGAGUUGAGUUCUCGUUCGAGGUUUAUAACAUGGCUGUUUCCUAGUUGUAAAGUUAUGCCUCCAUAAGUGCCAUUGUUGUAAGGUGUUGUUUUCCUAGACCUUUCCUGACGCGGUUUUACCUUUGUUGAAUUUGUAUAAACAAUUGUACAAAAAAGCA